AUCAAAGCAACGAAGAAACCAUGAGGAUUCUACGGGCUCGCCUCGUGAAAGGGAGAAUGCCGUCACUGUAUCCUUCUCCUCAAUCCCGCGGUUGGUGUUCGUCCAAAGGAAACCGUGGAGAAGUUGAAGAGAUCCCCACGAAACGGUUGGAAGCAAUAGAGGAGGAGAUGAGAGAGAUGAGACGGGACAUGAGUACGAUGAAGAGCAAGCUAGGGGAAAUCUCAAAGGCGAACCAAGAUUUGGUAGAGUUCAAAGAUCAGGUCAAAAGACAGGAAGGUAAGGAAGAAGGGAGAACAAUGUUUUUAACAAAAAGAGAGAGAAAAAAGUUUGCUUAUUAUGCUAAGGUGAGCAUGCUGGCCUGUCAUUUCCAACUGAUGAUCUCCCUAAUUUAGUUUUGUCGGCUUUUUGGAAUCGCACUCUAAUUCUCAUGUGUUGUUUCAGUCUCUCUCUCUCUCUCUCUCUUUUAAUGUUAAAUCGUGAGUGGGAACACGAGUUGACUCAAUGAACCCUAGAUUUCUAAUUUUCUAGUAUGCGUAUAUAUAUAUGUGUGUGUGUUUUUAUGUAUUUUUUUUUAUCUGAGUUAAAGCAGAGAUUGGUAGCUCUGUUAACUGAA